UUCAAGUCUGUCUCUGUGUCUCUUUCGCUAAUACAAUUUAUACAAACACUCUCUUUUUCUUUAAUGUCCCUCUCUCUCUCUGUCUCUAAAGUCAAAUCCCUUAAACUUUACGUUACACCUAGAGCACUUCUCCUAUAUAUGGAACCCACCAUUUUUUUUUCCAUUAAUUUCCUCUCAACGCUAGCUCUUGUUCUUGUGGCUCUGUUUGCUUAAACAAUGGUACAACACCACCACCGGAACCGCCUCCGUCAGGACCAAGAGACAGUCGAAGAGAGAAAGGAAAAAAGACCCAAGUUCUUCAUCAACGAUCACGUAGACAUCCUCGUAGAAAUACUCAAACGCCUAGACGGCCGUUCCCUUGGCGUCGCCGCCUGCGUUUGCCGUCUCUGGUGCUCCAUCGCUCGCAAUGACUCUCUCUGGGAAGACCUCUGCUUCCGCCACGUGUCCCCUCCUCCUUCCAGCGUGCGUUCCAUCGUUGUUGCCCUGGGUGGCUACAAGCGUCUCUACAUGGUUUGCGUGAGACCCGUGCUGAGCCGACUCGGACGAGUCAGGAGGGCUUCUUGGACUCGCGACGAGGUUCAGCUCUCGUUGUCUUUGUUUUGCGUUGAUUGCUACGAAAGGCUUGGUGGCGUUGGUGGAAGUAAUAGUAAUAGUAGUAACGGGAGGCUCGUCGGCGAAUCGUUACCGUCGUCUCUAAUGUUCCUUUGCAAGCCCGUGAACGUUUGAUAAUUCGUCGUCUUUUUAUUAUAUAUAUUUUCAAUUUAGUAAUAUACCUCAAAAUGAAAACCAUGAUAAAAUUCUUUGUAGCUUUUAUUAUUUUUUGUUAUAAUUAUUUGCGAAUUGUUACUCGAAUUGUCAUUAAUGAAAAAUAAAAGGUUUUUUUGGGAAUAGGCACUGAUUUCAUUUUCCAACAAACAGUAAAACAUUGCUGCCAAACAAUAGCAACAAAUUAUGAAAUUACAAUACAA